AACUGUCGAUGUGCUGUCAAUUGAUGAAGGCGAAAAAAAGCGGGUUUGUAUGUGGAACGAAAGUUGUGUGUUGCGUCGCUCGGUUUACGGACGGAUUGUUGUGAAAUAAAACGAAUCCGGCAGAUAAAACGUGCCCCAUUUUAUUACCGGUUGGUCUCUGGACUAGACAGUAGAGUUAAGCGGACAAAACAGCCAGCUAACGCGCAGUGAGAAAAUGGCACAACCGGCACCGCUUGGUUUGGAUGUUACGGAACUAAAGUUCAAGCUACAGAGCAAGGUUCCGGUUUUUAAAGGAGAUGGAAAUGCAAAACAUGGCUGCAAUUUGCUUGCUACGGCCAGUGUGCACGGGCUCGUGUUUGCCGGUACCGUUGGUUGCGAGCUGCGCGUACUCAAGCUGAAGGACAUCACCACCGACCGGGUGAUCAAUGAGAUCGUACCGUUGCGAACGGUUCCGCUGCCGAGCGUACCGUACCAGUUGGCCGUUAGCUGCGAUCAUGGAUUUCUGGCGGUGGACAUCGUCGCGAACGGUGUACCGUUCGUGUACAUCUACUCGGUACCAUCGUUUUUGACCGGAUCGAUUGUGAAGGUGCAUGAAAUCAAAACAUCCGCGCAGCCCAAUGUGCGGAGUACACAGCUCUGUUGGAAUCCGGUGCUUCAUAAUGUGCUGGCAGUGCGUACCGAAGCCGGUGGGCUUUCGGCGUACACGCUAAAGGAACCGGCCGGGCUGGAGUUUCAUUCACUCGAUACGAGCAAUCCAGCGGAACGGGCACAGUGUGUCUGCUGGAGUCCAAAGGGCAAACAGCUGGUGGUAGCAUUCGCAAACGGGAAGCUGGUCCAGUACAAACCGGAUCUCAAACCGGCCCGCACCAUCGUCUGCCCGGCCGGUGUAGUGGACGGUGGGUUCGACGUGCUAGCAGUCCAGUGGCUCAGUACGUACCAGUUUGCGGCCGUAUUUCUACCGCAUGCGGACGAUUCGGUGCCAGCACUGUUCAUCGUGAACGCUCCCAAGGCGCCCGCCAAUCCAGUUUUUAUCAACUAUGACGACAUCUGCUACAGUCAGAGUGGACCGCGCAAAGGGCAGGUGUUUUUGCAGCACAUCCUGCCCUGGAAUCUGCUGCUGAUGGCGUCCGCCAACAGCAUGGAGGUUGGGAUAUUGGGUACGACGGAAAGCGGCGAAUCGCCCACCUGGUGCCAGUGGACCACGACGGACGAGGCGCGCGCAGAGUUGCCGCUGACGAGCGAUAAGCAGGAAACGUUCCCCAUCGGCAUGGUGCUUGAAACGGGCUGUACGCACGAGCUCGUAAUCGGCGAGCAGACGUUCCCGGUGAUGCCAAUGAUCCAUCUGCUUUCCACCUACGGCCAGUUGGUUUCCUUCAACGUGCUCAACACUCUGCCGAACGUGCCGAACAUUUGCUCUCCACCAAAGCCGGUGCAAGAUCUGUCCGGAGGAGCGUUCGUUAAGGUGGACGUGGAAAAAUCGGCACCGGCAUCAACGGCGCCAGCUUCCAGCAUGAAUGCGAACGUUCCGGUCGCCGCCCCAGCUACCGCGGGAAUGUUACCACCCUCGGAAAUAUCUUUCGCUGUACCGAACGGUGCCACAUCGACGCCGGCUAUUGCGAAAUCGAAAUCUUUCUUCAAUCCCGGUGUCGGUGACGCGGUGCAAAAAUCUCCGAUAAACUUGUUCGGUGGUGGUGCCGUGACCGGACUGCAGCAACAGAAACCGGCAGCCCCAGCAAUUGCGCCGACAUUUGGCAAGAACAUUACGUUUGGAUCUGCGCCCAUGGGGGGCCAAGGAUUAUCGCAAGGUGUGACGACGGGAGCAAAUGGCAAUAAUGACAAGAAAGCUCCCGCGUUUGCUGGCUUUGCUGCCCAGGGGACGACAGCUGCGAGCACAUUCGGGCAGCUGGGGACAAGCGCCGGCGGUCUUCCUACGAUGUCUGCUCCGCCUUUUCAAGCGGCGAUGGCAUCGAUGGGAUCGAGUGUUCCCACCACGACCGUCACGUCCUCUGCGGGACCGGAUGCAAGCAAACCGCUCGUCACUGUACCCCCGACGUACGCCCCGUCCGUUCAGCUGCAACAGCCGCAGCAAAAUAGUGGUGCAAAUGCUUCCACCGGAGUGACGCGUCCACAGCCACCGGCACCAGCGGCCCAAAAGAAGUCCGACUUUUCCUCGGAAGACAGUAACGCAAUCAUACGCACACUAAUGGUCGAUGAGAUCAAUCGCUUUGCACGCGAGCUGAUCGAUCUGCAGCAGCGCAACCGCACGCUGAACGUGCAAAUCGGCGUGAAGGAGGAGUCGGCCCAGAUUAUACGGAACCUGCGCGAACUGGAGGACAUCAUAGCGCAGGCGAACGAAAGCACCCAAUCGCUCGUGUCGGACGUCCAGUCGCUACGGCUCGGAUUAAACGAAGCGUUCGCGAUGGUGGCGGAAGCGAACAGCAAGAGCACAAUCUACAACAAUCCGACCGUGCAUCAGUACCAGGAAGCGCACGGCGGCAUGUCCCAGACGAGCAGGCGUCAGCUUAGCGCGCUGGAAAAUAUGCUCCAGGUCAAUGAAAACCAGCUGCGCACCGUUACGAAGCAGCUGAAAGCACAGUGGAUGUGUUUGGAGGAGGCGAAACAGGCGCGAGCCAAGCAGCGAAUGCACAUCCCGAGCCUGGAAGUGCUGUACCAGACGCUGUCGAAGCAGCAGGACAUUCUAAACCGGCAGAGUGAUAAAUUGGCGUACCUGAAGAAUAAGCUCGGGUUGCGGGGCAGUUUGAAAGGGUUGGAUGAUCGCAGUGUGAAAGGCGGUAGCAACGCGACCGACACAUCCGAGAGUGCGAUCGAAUCGUUAACGGAUUCGAUCAUAUCGAUGACGCUCGGUGAUCAGGUGGCGGCCGACACGAGAAAGUUAAGCGAAUCGAAGCUGGCCACCCUGCGAAGGGUGCUUGCCGGGCGAAAGGUGGUAACGGUGAAACCGCAGCGUCCGGAUCGCGUUGGCCUUAGCUCGGAGGUGGUCCGUGAGCGUCGCGAUCAAGUCAGGAGGCUGAACGUGGAGCAGGAAAAGGCUAAGGUAGCGCAGCAACAGACGGCUGCGUCUAGGGCGACCGUUCCGUCCGUUACCAAGGAAGCGGAACAAAACAAACUGCAACAACAGCAGCAGCAACAACCUCAACAACAACAACAACAGCGGGUAGUCCAACAGCAACCCAAACAGCAACCGGUUAAACCAUUGGGAACUUCCACAGCUAAUACGAAAGCAUUUUCGUUCGGUACCCAAGCCACGCUAGCAGCAACAGCAGCAGCAGCUCCAAGCGCUCAAGGAAGCUUUUCCUUUGGGCAAACCACAAUUACUCCACUAACGGCGGCGGUUGAUCCGGCAAUGAAACCAACCCCGAACGGUGGAAGCAUCAGUACUGGGCUCAGCUUUGCCGCUCCCAGCCACAGCAAGGAAAGCGAUAAGGACAAAAAAGGUUUGGCCGGCGACGGCAAGGAGAACAUCCCUGUCUCGAAACCCACUGCUUCUGGUCCGUUUAGUUUUGCUUCCUCGGCGGCUUCCGGAGCAUCAUUCGUAACGUCCUCGUCGGCUGACACGUCCUUGUCCUCGACUAGCGCUCCCGCGAAGCCUGUAUUCUCGUUCGGCAGUGCCGGGACCAACGGUCAAUCGGGACUAACGUUCGGUUCGCUGGCGAAACCAAACUUUUCAUUCGAUCUACCUUCCACCACAACUACCGUCAGCGCUGCUGCGACCGGAACAGGCAUCUCUUUCAACCUUGGCCCACCACCCUCGGAAGGAUCGCUCGGCCUAGGCAAACCGAAGCCGGUGGCCGUUUCUUCCCUUACGAACGAAAACGUUCUCCCAUCGGUGGAUGAGACGACGGUGCAGAAGGAUAAACCGUUGCCUCCCUCGUUUGGACCGGUGGAACCGGCCACGAAAGCACCACUGCCGGCCCUUACCAGUUUGCUGCAGAAGGUUGACUCCGGGUCGGUGGAUCUUACCGUGAAGAGUGCUCCGCCAGCUAAACCACUCGCAGAAGGUCCAUUCGGUAGCGGCCUAACCGCGGCCGGUGGCACUAGCAGCUUCGGUUCGGGUGGGUUUUUCGGCAGCGUUAAUAAAGCAGCGUCUUCGGUGGCGGUUGUUGCCACGACGGCGACAACCGUAACGUCGACGAAUGAUGGCGUCAAACCAAUUGCGGGUCUAUUUUCGGGCAUAUCGUUCGGUUCGCUUACCGUAACACCGACGUUUUCGUCUGGUUCGGGACAGACGGGGAGCGAAUCCGGGUUUGGCAGCACUAAACCAACUAACAGUAGCGCUGUUGUUAAUGGAAAUGCAGGCGGAACUGGUGCUGCUGCAACAAGCAGCAGCUCGGUUGGUUUAACGUUCGGCAGCAAUAGCUUUGCGUCGGCUGGAUUUGGUGCAGCGAAAGCGUCGUCAGCAGCAGUAGCGUCCACGGAUACACCAUCGACGACAGCUGCCACUGGCGGACCAACAGCUACUGCUUCCUCUACAACAUCCGGCAUUGGAUUUGGGUCACUUUCCACCAGCUCCACCACAACAACGGCCGCUCCACCGGCAGGCACAUUUUCUUUCGGAAAAUUAUCGCUAGAAAAACCGAAUCUUCUAACGGCAACUUCAACGACCGCUACGACAACCGUUCCUUCGGCGAGCGUUACUGAUGCAACGACGACUGCGACAAGUGCCGGUGCAACCACCACAACAGCAGCGACCGAUGCCACCUCCAAUUUGCUCAGCUCGAUUAGCAUCUGCUCACCGAACGCGGCCACCUCCACAACUCCCAAGAGUCCCUCGUCGGUUACGGGUGGAAACAUUUUCACUUCGGCCACGUUCGGUUCACCGAAAGCAACGGAUACGCCGGCCAGCAAUAUCUUUGGCGGCGGUGGUGCAGCCGUUUCGUCCUCCGGCGGGUCUUUCUUUGGCUCAGGGAAACCAGCUACGGCUACGUUCGGUACAGCAGCAGCAGCAGCAGCAGCACCGCCAGCAGCAACGGCAGCGUCUUCAGUUCCCGUCGGCUUGUUCGCUUCGGUGGUACAACCGAGUGUCGCAUCGACCGCGCCAGUAUCCACCGUCGUUAGCAGCACCACCGCCGGCACUACCGCUGCUGCUGCCGCUGCCGGGGGCAAUAUUUUUGGUGGAUUUUUCAGUUCCGGUGCAGCGGCGGCGGCUGCCACCAGUACACCCUCAACCGGCGGAUCGUUCUUUGGCGGCGGUGGAGGAACGCCGUCCGGUUCCUCCAUUUUCGGAUCGAGCGCGGCCACAACUACGAGCAAUAUUUUUGGUAAUGCGACCACCGCCAGUCCUGCCCCGGGAGGCAACUCGUCGUUGGGAGGUGGCAGCAUGUUCGGAAGUGCAGGCACCACAGCGAACAGCCCUCCCGGUGGUUCGAUUUUUGGAGGUUCGUCCGCGUUUGGUGCAGCAGCAACCACCGGUGGCGUGGCAAGCUCCGGUGGCAACAUAUUCGGCAGUCCGGUCGCAUCGGCUCCAACCACCGGUGGCGGUCUGUUUGGUACGGUUGGUGCCCAGCAGCAGCCCGUCUCUUCAACACAAUCCAUCUUUGGUGGUGGUGGUGGUGGUGCAGUGUCCACCGGCGGUGCGUUUGGAUCGGCGGUCACCGGCAGUCCUGGGGGAGGUCCGUUCAGUAGCGGUGGUACGGGUGCGGGUGUGAAUGCGUUCGCUUCGCCGACUGGUGGUACGACGGCGUCAGCAUUCAGCAAACCGCCAGCGUUCGGUGCAGCGCCCACGUUUGGCGGUGCACCCACGUUCGGCGGUGCGCCCACGUUUGGCGGUGCGCCAACCUUCGGCGGUGCACCCACGUUCGGCAGUCCGAAGGCCACGUUCGGUGGGGGAUCACCGUUCGGUGCUGGAAGUUCGCCGGCUGGCGGCAUCGGCGCAUCGCCAACGCCAUCGAACAAUCUGUUCGAGCAGCUCGGAUCGUCCUCGUCCGGGGUGUCGUUCGGUGGGCUAGCGGCACAGCAGGCACAAAAACCAACCCAGUUCGGUGGGUCGUCGUUUUCCAGCUGGCGAUCGUAAUCUGGUUUUUUUUAUCGUAAUCUGGUCUAAUUUUGGUUUUUUUGCCGUCAAUAAACAUCCGCUGUGCAAAAUA